AUGGAGGAUUUGAACUAUCUUGAAGGAAGGGAACUUACUGACAAGUUGCCACUUGAGGCUUUUAAGUCUUCCUCUGAAGUUAAAGAAAAACUUCUGCUAGGACGAUACAGGAGAACAGACACUGAGUUUUGUGAAUACAUCAAAAAGUUAUUAGGCCAUCCACUGUUCAAGUCUCUUAUGAUCAGCACCAUCGCACUCAAUGGGAUAUUUUUGGUUAUAGAAACUGAUUUUAAAGUUCGAUAUGAGUCUCAUUACUUCCUAGAGAUAGCAGAUCUGAUUAUUUUAGCCAUCUACACCACAGAGUUUCUACUAAACCUUUACCUGGACCCCAUAGAUUACUGGAAGGAUGGCUAUAAGCGAUAUGAUGUGGUUGUUCUUUUCUUUGCUUACUUGUUGUAUGUUAUUGACAGAAGCGAUCCCCAAAAGUACAAAUUUUGGAACCUGGUUAAAGGAUUCCAAGCUCUCCGGAUUCUCAAACUUGUCUACUAUAGCACAGGAAUGACGAUUCUGAUGACAGCCUUGCGUAAGACUGUGAAGAAUGUGAGCUAUGUCCUUGUCUUGCUGUUCCUGUUGAUAUUUAUCUUUGCAAUUUUGGGUCAUGAUUUGUAUGGAGAUCCUGAUACUGGAGACAUGCAGAAUUGGGGGAGCCUGCCAUCUGCCUUUUUCACUCUUUUCAGUUUAGUAACGGUUGAUGGCUGGACAGACUUGCAAGAUGAACUGGAUGAAAAAGGUCUCACUUCAAGCCGGGCAUUCACAAUAGUCUUUAUUCUCCUAGGAUUUUUUGUAUUUUUCAAUAUGUUUAUUGGAGUUGUCAUUAUGGAUAUUCAGGAUACAACUGAAGAGUAUGAAAGAAAGCUUCAAGCAGAAAGGCGGGCUACUCUUCAUACAAAGAAGCAGGCCAUACUAAGAAGGCAACAAGAAGAAAUCAAUGCAUUAAUCAGUCAGAAGAAAUCGAGUGAAUAUAAAACCUUCAAUGAAUUAGUAGAAGACUUUAAAAAAACACUGUAUCAUACAGAUCCUAUGAUAUUAGAAGAAUUUUGUGCCAGUAUACCAUUCAUCGAUCUAUAUUUGACAUCCCUAGAUCGGCAGGAUGCCACAGUUUUCAAGCUGCAAGAACUCUACUAUGAAAUAGUUGCCACUUUGACUACCAUGCUGAAAGAGUCAGAAGAGAAGUCUUGGCAAUCUCUGCAAUCUCUUAAGGCAAAAAGCAGCCUCCUGUAUAAAUAA